CAGGCCAGUCAACGAUGUAACGCCUGUAGUUUAUGCUACUAGCGAGCACCAAAUCCAUUGCUGUGGUCCGUCCGGGCUUCUCAUCCGACGCCCUCGCCAAAGAACACUAUGAGAAUGAUGGAUUUCACCGGACGAAGCUGUACACGUUAAAAGCGAUAAACCACCAAACUUUGGACGUCCGUUUAGCAACUUUGUUCUAAGAUGCCAUAUGAGGAUAUCAUCCAUUACCCUGGCACCUAAACUAGUAGUGGUUGUUAUUGUUGUUGUACUAUCCCGGAACCUGUCCCAGCGGUGGCGUCCACUAAAAUGUGGCAGCAGGUGUUGGAUACCUCGGAUGCUGUGUCUUGCAAGAGAAUACAGACGGAUAUUUGAUUCAGUUAGAGCGAGUGUGUUGAGCUUCUACCGGAGUGCAUUUGGUUUCCUUCGCCUGACCCCCAUUUUCAAUGGGAAUGAUGGCUUUUUGGACUGAUCCUGCCCUGCGUCCUGGGUAGCUUGCAACCCCGUGGUUCAGGUUGCUGCGUAGGGGAGUGGUAGGGAGGACCCCCCCCCCCCGGCUUGGCCCUGUUGUUUUGUGCGAUGGAGAAGGCUUGAAAAUUGCUUUGAGCUCAUAUGCUGUGUCCCCCCUCCCCAUUCUUCUACAUCUACUUUUAACAUUUUUUUCUCAUUGUGAUACGUCACAGCAACUUGGCAUACCUACAGAUGACCUCGUCAUUGGAGUGAUUUUGCUUUUUUUUAGGUUUAAAAAACCAUGCACACAGAGGAAAUUCCCUCAACAAAUGAUGUUGAUCAUGACUUGAUUUUACUCGGUCAAGUUUAAACGCUAUACUUUUUUUUCUUUCUCCAAACAAGUGCUAUUUCAAAGAGAUUUUGACUGUUACAAAUCCAACAUGUCUGCGUUUGCCGAAUUCGUGCCCCCUCCCGAAUGUCCGGUUUUUGAGCCGAGUUGGGAGGAUUUUUCGGAUCCCUUAGGAUUCAUCAACAAGAUCCGACCCAUUGCCGAGAAAACGGGCAUCUGUAAGAUCCGACCCCCCGAGGACUGGCAGCCUCCCUUUGCCUGCGAUGUUCGAAACUUCCGCUUCACCCCUCGAGUCCAAAGACUCAAUGAACUUGAGGCCCUCACCCGGGUCAAGCUCAACUUUCUGGAUCAGAUCGCUAAGUUCUGGGAGCUGCAGGGCUCCAAAAUCCGCUUCCCACACGUGGAGAGAAAAAUCCUGGACCUCUACCGGCUUAGCAAGAACGUGUCAUCGGAGGGUGGUUUUGAGAAUGUGUGUAAAGAGAAGAGGUGGUCCAAAGUGGCCAGCCGGAUGGGGUUCCCACAGGGUAAAGGCAUUGGCUCGUUGCUUCGCUCCCACUAUGAGAGAAUCCUCUACCCCUACGAGCUCUUCCAGUCUGGAGCCACGCUCACUGGCAUCCAGCGGCUGUACGAGGAGGGAGACGAUGGAGAAGAGCCAGAUGAGGGGGUAGGUGAUGAGGCAGCGGAGGAAGAGGAGUUUGAGGAGGAGGAGCAAAAGGAGAAAGACCGGGAGGGACUUGGGGACGGAAUGCAGACCAAGGAGCGGCUCUUGCCUGAGAGGCGUUCACGGCGGCUGAAAUCUGAGCGGGAAAAUAAGGAACCGAAAGGCCUCAAAAUUUUUGGCACAAGUCCCAAAAUGGUGGGACUAGAGAUUGUACCAGCUGAUGAUGGAUAUAACAAAAGGCAGCGACAUCUCAAGGCCCAAGCCUUUGCCAUCAAAAUGCGUCCACGUAAGGAGACGUUGGAGGUCAACUUUAUUGACCUCUACCUCUGCCUAAUGUGUGGGCGGGGUGACGAGGAGGAUCGUCUACUACUCUGUGAUGGCUGUGAUGACAGCUACCACACCUUCUGUUUGAUCCCACCCCUGCAUGAUGUGCCUAAGGGAGACUGGCGCUGCCCAAAGUGUGUGGCUGAGGAGUGCAGUAAACCAAGGGAGGCCUUUGGUUUUGAACAGGCUGUGAGGGAAUAUACUCUGCAGAGCUUUGGGGAGAUGGCUGACCACUUCAAGUCUGACUACUUCAACAUGCCUGUCCAUAUGGUCCCCACGGAACUGGUGGAGAAAGAGUUCUGGCGCCUGGUCAGCAGUAUCGAAGAGGAUGUUAUCGUAGAGUACGGAGCUGACAUUAGCUCAAAGGAGGUUGGCAGUGGAUUCCCGGUACGGGAUGGCAAGAGGAGGUUAUUGGGAGAUGAGGAGGAGUAUGCCAACUCAGGCUGGAAUCUGAACAACAUGCCAGUGCUGGAGCAGUCGGUGCUCACCCACAUCAAUGUGGACAUCUCGGGCAUGAAGGUACCCUGGCUGUACGUGGGCAUGUGUUUCUCUUCUUUCUGCUGGCAUAUUGAAGACCACUGGAGCUACUCUAUCAACUUCCUGCACUGGGGGGAGCCGAAAACAUGGUAUGGAGUUCCAGCCUCAGCUGCUGAGCAGCUCGAGGCGGUGAUGAAAAAGCUGGCACCGGAGCUGUUUGACUCCCAGCCUGAUCUCCUUCACCAGCUGGUCACCAUCAUGAACCCCAACAUCCUCAUGGAGCAUGGCGUUCCUGUGUACAGGACCAAUCAGUGUGCAGGGGAGUUUGUGGUGACCUUCCCCAGGGCCUACCAUAGUGGCUUCAACCAGGGCUACAACUUUGCUGAGGCUGUCAACUUCUGCACCGCUGACUGGUUACCCAUGGGCCGUCAAUGCGUAGCACAUUACCGGCGUCUCCAUCGCUACUGUGUCUUCUCCCAUGAGGAGCUGCUUUGUAAGAUGGCUGCUGACCCUGAGGGCCUAGAUGUUGAGCUCGCCGCUGCUGUAUUUAAAGAAAUGGGGGAGAUGAUGGAUGAUGAAACACGCCUCAGACAGGGCAUACAAGAAAUGGGGGUGCUGUCCUCAGAACAGGAGGUGUUUGAGUUGCUGCCUGAUGAUGAGCGGCAGUGCCAUAAGUGUAAGACCACUUGUUUCCUUUCUGCACUGACCUGUUCCUGCAACCCUGACCGGCUGGUCUGUCUUCACCAUGCAACAGAUCUCUGUGACUGCCCCAGUGGCAACAAGUGUCUACGUUACCGGUAUGAUGUGGAAGAGUUUCCGUCCAUGCUGUAUGGGGUGAAGACACGGGCCCAGUCUUAUGACACUUGGGCCAAGCGGGUCACCGAGGCCUUGUCUGCGGACCAAAAGAACAAGAAGGACCUGAUUGAGCUUAAAGUGCUGCUUGAAGAUGCCGAGGACAGGAAGUACCCAGAAAACGCUCUCUUUCGUCACCUAAAGGAGAUGGUGAAGGAGGCUGAGACCUGCUCUUCUGUAGCCCAGCUGCUGCUCAGUCGCAAACAGAGACAUAGCAGCCGUCUGCGUCCGGAGAGUAGUCGGGGUCGUACCAAGCUGACAGUAGAGGAGCUCAAAGCCUUCGUUGAGCAGCUCUUCCGGCUGCCUUGCAUCAUCAGCCAGGCAAGACAAGUCAAGGAGUUAUUGGAGAAUGUGGAGGAUUUCCAUGAGCGUGCUCAGAUGGCGCUGGCAGACGAGAUGCCUGACUCCUCCAAGCUGCAGGCCCUGUUGGACCUGGGCAGUGGCCUAGAUGUGGAGCUGCCUGAGCUUCCCCGACUCAAGCAGGAGCUCCAACAGGCUCGCUGGCUGGAUGAGGUGCGAGUGACUUUGGCAGAGCCCCAUCGCGUCACACUGGAGCUGAUGAAGAGGCUCAUAGACUCUGGGGUGGGACUGGCCCCACACCAUGCUGUGGAGAAGGCCAUGGCCGAACUGCAGGAGAUCCUCACUGUAUCAGAAAGAUGGGAGGACAAGGCCCGUGCCUGCCUACAGGCUAGGCCUCGCCACAGCUUGGUGACCUUGGAGAGUAUUGUGCUGGAGGCCAGGAACAUUCCAGCCUAUCUGCCCAAUGUGCUGGCCCUCAGAGAUGCUUUGCAAAAAGCCAAGGAUUGGACCACCAAGGUCGAGGCUAUCCAGAGUGGCAGCAGCUAUGCCUAUCUGGAGCAACUAGAGAGCCUGCUGGCCAGGGGCCGCUCCAUCCCUGUAAGGCUGGACCCUCUGGCUCAGGUGGAGUCUCAUGUAGCCUCAGCCCGAGCCUGGAGAGAGAGGACUGCCCGUACCUUCCUCAAGAAGAACUCUACAUAUACACUACUCCAGGUACUCAGUCCGCGUGUAGACAUUGGGGUCUAUGGCAACAGCAAAAGCAAGCGGAAGCGUGUCAAGGAGCUGCUGGAGAAGGAGAGAGGAGGCUUUGACCCAGAUGCUCUUAGCGACUUGGACGAGGGCCUGGAGGAGGUGCGAGACCCGGCCUCCGUUGUAGCAGCCUUCAAAGCCAAGGAGCAAAAGGAAGUGGAAGCCAUUCACUCUCUGCGAGCGGCCAACUUGGCCAAGAUGGCCAUGGCUGACCGCAUUGAGGAGGUAAAAUUCUGCCUGUGUCGCAAGACCGCCAGUGGCUUCAUGCUGCAGUGUGAGUUGUGCAAGGACUGGUUCCAUGGAGCCUGUGUGCCGCUGCCCAAGACAGGCUCACAGAAGAAGAUGGGUACAGGCUGGCAGAACAACAGCAAAGAUUCCAAGUUCCUGUGUCCUCUUUGCCAGCGCUCGAGGCGGCCGAGAUUAGAGACUAUUCUGUCAUUGCUGGUGUCACUGCAGAAGCUGCCAGUGCGAUUGCCUGAAGGAGAGGCUCUUCAGUGUCUGACAGAGCGGGCCAUGAGCUGGCAGGACAGAGCACGUCAGGCCCUGGCCACUGACGAGCUCUCCUCUGCCCUGGCCAAGCUGUCUGUUCUGAGUCAGCGUAUGGUCGAGCAGGCUGCCAGGGAAAAAACGGAGAAGAUAAUCAAUGCUGAGCUGCAGAAAGCUGCUGCCAACCCAGACCUGCAGGGGCACAUCCAGACAUUCCAGCAGGCCGGCUUCAGCAGAGCCACAUCUCCUCGCCAGUCUGUGGACUACGAUGACGAGGAGACGGACUCAGAUGAGGACAUCAGGGAGACCUAUGGCUACGACAUGAAGGACCCAGGUGAGGUGAAGCCAUACCUGUUCUGUGAUGAGGAGAUCCCCGUCAAGUCAGAGGAGGUGGUCAGUCACAUGUGGCCAGCUGCCACACCUUCCUUCUGUGCUGAACACGCCUACUCUUCAGCCUCCAAAACCUGUGUCCAGAACAUGGGCACCCCCAGGAAGCAACCGAGGAAGACUCCCUUGGUGCCUCGCAGCCUAGAGCCCCCAGUGCUGGAGCUUUCCCUCCAGGCCAAGGCCCAGCUAGAAGAGCUGAUGAUGGUGGGGGAUCUGCUCGAGGUGUCCUUGGAUGAGACCCAGCAUAUCUGGAGGAUCCUGCAGGCCACACAUCCUCCCUCUGAGGAGAGAUUCCUUCAGGUCAUGGAGCCUGAUGAUUCUCUGAUGGAGAAACCAUUGAAGGUCAAACUGAAAGAUUCAGAGAAGAAGAGGAAGAGGAAGCUUGAGCGGGCUGAGCACCACCACAUGCUGAUGGCCGCCGCAGCAGCAGGUGGGGCUUCUGGCAUGGGAGACAUCCGGCCAGCUAAAUCCAAGGAGCUGAAGAGGUCCAGCUUGGAGCUUAGCCUUGGAGGGAAACCCAAGAAGAAGAAACUCAAACUCAACCUAGAUAAAAAUCGUGAGAUGAAGCAGCUGGCCAAGAGGCUAGCAAAGGAGGAGAAGGAGAGGAAGCGAAAGGAGAAGGCAGCAGCCAAGGCAGAGGCCAUCAGAGAGGGGCUGGAAAAGAGAAAGGAGAAGAAGAUUUUGGACAUCCCGUCCAAGUAUGACUGGUCCGGUGCUGAAGACUCCAAUGAUGAAAAUGCUGUGUGUGCUGCCAAGAACUGCCAACGACCCUGUAAAGAUAAGGUGGACUGGGUGCAGUGCGAUGGGGGCUGCGAUGAGUGGUUCCACCAGGUGUGUGUGGGCGUGUCAUGUGAGAUGGCCGAGAAUGAGGACUACAUCUGCACAGACUGCUCUCGCAAGGCCGUCAGCAUGACCACGGGCGGGGCCACUGUGGAGGUCAAGGUGGAGGAGAUAGCAGCAGAGGAGGAUGUGGUUAUGCUGUCUGUACCAAUUGGCGGCUCGCAGGGUCUUCCCUCAGCGUCCUCUGUCUCCCACCUGGCCCCAGGCACAACACAUCACCACCAGCAACUACAGCCACAGCAGGGCAGCUAGCACUAAAGGAGAGCCUAGGACUGAGAAUGUAAAGGGCAGAAGACUGGACCGUGUACACACACACACACACACACACACACACACACACACACACGCGCACACACACACAACAUAACAGAAAACACUGUACCCACACACAGGAUAGCCCCAGGCUAGCAUUUAACCUCUUAACCUGAAAGACUACCCAGGGUCUGAUUAAGGUAAAUAUCCCUUCUUUAUUAAAUGGGCUUGCCAGAUGAGGGCACAUACGAAGAGACUGUCAUAAGCCUGAGUUUUUCAGCACAUACAAAAGACAGUAAGAGGGGAGAAGGGGGGGAGCAACAGUUCCCCCACCGCCACACAGACUGAAACUCCAGCUGAUUUCCAGAGUGUUGACUCAGAAAGGGAUGGGAAAUGAAUAGCUAUGCCAUAAACAGGCCUCCUUUCCUGUAUGAUGUGACGGAUAAUGAGGAUUUUGAUGUAACCUGCUGAGAAAGGUUUAAUAGUGCACAGACGGGCAAGGUGUAAAAUCCUAGUGCUUCUCUAGAGUUUAAAGUCCAGAACCAUCAACCAGCCACGUUCCAGUCCUCCCAACUAAAUCUCUUGCAGUAAAAGUGUGUCAGUACAUAUACAGACAAACAGCUGUUUUCCCCUUUAGUGCUCACUGCAAAAAGUAUUGUCACUCUUAUGACUCAGUCUAUCCACCAUCAGUUCAACCCCAUUAUCUUGAACCGCUCCUCUCUGGCUUGCCCCUCAAAUGGUAACACCCCAGAAAUAAUAGGACUCAAGACUAGGAACAAGAGCCGGUUGUAACGUAGUCAAAUUAUUUAUAAUGUACAUAGCUUUUAAGCAAUUAAGCAAUUGGAUUGUGAGUUUUUUUUUGUUGUUUUCUCACCUUUAAUAAACUAUUCCUAGUCAAAUGA